AUGCCAUCGUCCUCUUCCAUCCUUCCUGCUGCUGCGCGGUUGUUCUCCAGCACUCCGGCGCAGAAUGCCACUCUUAACCAGGUCAUGAGGGGUUGCCGUAAGCCCCAACGUGCCCGCCACGCCGUCUCCCCUGCCCUGUCCUCCAUCAAGUCUCCCGCGCUCAAGGGUGUGUGUGUCAAAGUCGGCAUCACGCGUCCCAAGAAGCCCAACUCGGGCGAACGCAAGACUGCCCGUGUCCGUCUUUCCACGGGUAAGGUCAUCACGGCCUACAUCCCCGGCGAGGGCCACAACAUCUCGCAGCACAGUGUCGUGCUCGUGCGUGGCGGUAGAGCCCAGGAUUGUCCUGGUGUGAGGUAUCAUCUUGUUAGAGGUGCUUUGGAUUUGGCCGGUGUUGCUACUCGUAUGUCUAGUCGUAGCAAGUACGGUACCAAGAAGCCCAAGAAGGCCUCUGUUGGUUAA